AUGACAAAUGAACGUUUAACGAAACAAGUGUAUCAAGGUGUUCCUGGCCAAACGGUAGGCAAAACAAGAAUAGUCCGAAUUAUAGAAGAACACAAAGUAGUAACCCUACCGGAACCUGUUGACACUGUUAUUUCAAAAUCAUUCGAAUCAGUUUGCAGCUUGAGAGGUUUCGAUGCAGAGUUAAAAGUAUUAAUGGAUUAUUCUGUCAGAGUAGCCGGCAGAAUUAACACCAAAUUAUGGGAUAAGAAAUUAAAACUAAGAAAUCUUUUAACACCGAUUUGCAGAGAAAAUAUAAAACUUAGAUUAAUGGUGGAAGGUUUGAUAAAAAAAGUCUGCAAUUCGAAAGCACCACGGGCAAAAAUUGUGCAACAAAUUAUUAACCAGACUUGUAGUAGCUUGGUUCCCGCAGUGAUUAUAGGCUGGUGGAAAGGUAUGGCAGCAGAAAUCCCUAACCAUGCAGAUGUUGAAUGAUGUGGAUCUGUUGGACUUUUUGACAGAAUUGUUGAAACUUAGGCAGCAACUAGCGCUUUUAAAAAAGAUAAUCCUUAUAAUGUUUAUUUUUGUAAAAUUAGGAUAACGUGACAGCCAUGAUUUCGGCAUUUAUUC